UGAGCGCACAGUUUGUGCGAGAGGAUGUGUCACCUGUUGAUCUGACGUGUGGCUUUUACCGAGAAAUGUGCAAGUCCUUAUUGCCCCUACAGAGGAGAGAGCGAAAGGGGUGGGCACAGGAUUGCAUGACAUGACAUUACAGUGUCUCCAGUGGAGACUUUAGUGAUAAGAUGAGGAUCCGACCAGUUUCCUCUCUGACAGCCGCAGCCUCUGGUUCUCCGUCGAGUGGUUCAUGAGUAAAUCACAAGUGGAAAGUUGAGACUGUGAUGCUGUAGCAGCAAUGUCACAGCUGUAUUACAGGAAAACCGACAACUCCUCAUACAGGGACCGCAUCCCCCUGAGGAUCGUGCGGGCUGAAUCUGAGCUCUCUGCCUUGGAGAGGGCCUACCUGGGGGCUGUUGAAAAGGGGGACUAUGCUAGUGUGAAACAAGCCCUGGAGGAGGCUGAGAUCUACUUCAGGAUCAACAUCAACUGCAUCGACCCCCUGGGACGCACAGCCCUGCUCAUUGCCAUUGAAAAUGAGAACCUGGAGAUCAUUGAGCUGCUGCUCAGCUAUAAUGUAUAUGUGGGUGAUGCCCUGCUACAUGCCAUUCGUAAAGAAGUGGUGGGGGCUGUGGAGCUGCUGCUCAACCACAAGAAGCCACGUGGGGAGAAACAGGUUCCACCAAUUCUGCUGGACAAACAGUUUUCAGACUUCACCCCAGACAUCACUCCAAUCAUCCUUGCAGCCCACACCAACAACUAUGAGAUAAUCAAACUUCUUGUGCAGCGAGGUGUCUCCAUACCUCAGCCACAUGCUGUGCGCUGCAACUGCGUGGAGUGUGUGUCCAGUUCAGACGUGGACGGCCUUCGUCAUUCGCGCUCUCGUCUUAACAUCUACAAGGCCCUUGCCAGCCCAUCACUCAUUGCCCUCUCCAGCGAGGAUCCUUUCCUCACAGCUUUUCAACUCAGCUGGGAGCUGAAGGAGCUCAGCACGGUGGAGAACGAGUUCAAGUCAGAGUACGAGGAGCUGUCCCGUAUGUGUCAACAAUUUGCAAAGAACCUCUUGGACCAGACCAGAAGCUCCAAAGAGUUGGAAAUAAUCCUCAACUACCGUGACGACAUCAACCCUUUGCUGGAUGAGAAUGGUAAUGAUCUGGCCCGACUGAAGCUGGCUAUCAAAUACUGCCAGAAAGAGUUUGUUGCUCAGCCCAACUGUCAGCAGCUGCUGGCGUCUCGGUGGUACGAUGAGUUCCCAGGCUGGAGGAGGCGUCACUGGGCAGGAAAGCUUGUCACGUGUAUCUUCAUUGGCUUCCUCUUCCCACUCUUAUCCUUCUUCUACCUGAUCUCUCCAAAGAGCCGCUAUGGCUUAUUCAUCCGUAAGCCCUUCAUCAAGUUCAUCUGUCACACUGCUUCCUACCUGACCUUCCUUUUCCUGCUCCUCUUGGCCUCACAGCACACAGACCCUGUAGACCCGCACAUUCAGGGCCCACCACCUACCUCUGUGGAAUGGAUGAUCCUGCCCUGGGUGCUUGGCUUCAUAUGGACUGAGAUCAAACAGAUGUGGGACAGUGGUUUCCAAGACUAUAUGGAUGACUGGUGGAACUUAAUGGACUUUAUAAUGAACUCCUUGUACCUUGCAACCAUUUCACUGAAGAUUGUUGCCUAUGUAAAGUACAGUGGGAAUAAACCCAGAUGCACCUGGGAAAUGUGGCACCCGACUUUGGUGGCAGAGGCAUUGUUUGCCAUCGCCAACAUCUUCAGCUCCUUGCGCCUCAUCUGUCUUUUCACUGCCAACUCCCAUCUGGGCCCCUUACAGAUCUCACUGGGCCGCAUGCUCCUGGACAUCCUCAAGUUCCUCUUCAUCUACUGUCUAGUGUUGUUAGCCUUUGCCAAUGGCCUCAACCAGCUCUAUUAUUAUUAUGAUGAAAAGAUAGAGGAUAAUAAAUGCAAGGGUAUUCGCUGUAGCCAACAAAACAACGCCUUCUCAACGCUGUUCGAGACGCUGCAGUCCUUAUUUUGGUCUGUAUUUGGCCUGAUUUCCCUCUAUGUGACCAAUGUGGAACCAGAUCAUAGAUUCACUGAGUUUGUGGGCACUACCAUGUUCGGCACGUACAACGUCAUCUCCCUGGUAGUGCUUCUGAACAUGCUAAUUGCAAUGAUGAACAACUCCUACCAGCACAUUGCUGAUCACGCCGAUAUAGAGUGGAAAUUUGCAAGAACAAAAUUAUGGAUGAGCUAUUUUGAAGAAGGGGGAACUUUGCCAUCUCCAUUUAAUAUAAUACCUAGUCCAAAGUCUGUUUAUUAUGUAAUUGGAUGGAUAAAGACACAAUUGUUUAAGAGACAAACCUUAAGACUUGAAACCUUCGAAACUUUGGGGAGACGUGCAGCCGAAAAUGUAAGAAUAAACCAUGAGUAUCAGGAAGUAUUGAGGAACCUUGUGAAGAGGUAUGUGGCUGCAAUGAUCAGAGAUGCAAAGACAGCGGAAGGGUUGACAGAAGAAAAUUUCAAGGAGCUUAAGCAGGAUAUCUCCAGCUUCCGCUAUGAAGUCCUGGGAAUGAUGAAGGGUAAACCUCAAGGGGUGGUUGCAGGUAACGUUGCAAGCUCCACCUUGGCUUACCCUGGAAACUCAUUCAAAUAUUCUCCAAAAUUCCCUACUGAUGAGCCUCAACAGAAGCUGUAUGUAUUUGAUGUAACCACCACCACCUUGCAGAGCGGAGCUGCAAUCACCAGACAGCCUCACAAUGAGCUAUCCAUAGAGGUCACAGAUGCUGGGUCCCUCCAUAGGCGGAGCAGAGCCCCCUCUCAGAACUGUGAUGAAAUACAAUCAUUGUCAGAGGAAGAUACGUUUGGAUCUGCAGGACAAAACAAAGAACAACUUCAGACCGAGAAAGAGAUUGCAGAAGUCUUACAGGAAGUGGAGAAGGACAUUCAGGAGAUUGAACAUUCUUACAAAGAGCAUUCCAAGGAAGUGAAAAAUGGGCCAAAAAAAUAUAAAAAUUAAUCUGCAACUGAGAAAUGUUAAUCAUGUUAGUGAGUUUUCAACAUUUAAGAUUUCAUUUUCAUUCAUUCAUCUACUAGCUGUAAAAUAGUCCAUGGUAAACAGUCCUGUAGUUAAAUAUAUUCUGUUUAAAUAAUCAUGUAUCUUGCAAUGUUUAUAAUGGCAUAAUUAUAUGUUAUCUCAUUAUAUUACAUGCAGUCACCUCCGAUUGAUAGAAGAUACACAACAAUACUGGGUGAGGACUGACCGCAGUAAGUGCUGACUCUAUGCUCAGGGAAUUUUGAAGCAAGUUAGUAAUUCAUGUUUUACCUUGAGCAUUUAAUUCCAAAGAACCCUGAGACCCUGCUGCUUUUCCUCUCCUCUUCCACCUUGAACUGUCUUCUUACUAUAAUUAUGCAAAAGAAUCAUAAAUCUCUUUGUCUAUAGAAAAAGUAUUACUCCUCAUAUGCGGGCGCCUAUGCUUAGUCACACAUUUGUGUCAACAUCUCAUUUAAUCCAACAUUACCAAUCUAACCUGUGUAGAGUGAGAGGGAAAGUUUUACUCCUUAUUCUGCAAAAGAGGCUUGCAAUGAGAUUUGUUGCAGGAUUUAAUCCUCACAUGUGCGCCAUAUACUAUAUCCACCAGGCAUAAAGGCCCUCUUGUGAUUUGUUUGUUGCUGUGCAAUUUUGUAACUUGUAAUGUAAUGAAAUUACUCUGGAAUUAAAUAAAAGAGAAUGCUAAUUCAAAAA